GGAAAUAGCAUAUGUCAACAAAACCUACUAAUGACUUUUAAAACUCUAAAGGGGGUAAAUCAGAUACUCAGUAAAAACAGAAGAUGAAAAAAAACAAACAUUUUGUGACAUACACUGCCUUUCACUAUGAGGUGUAGGCUAUGUCAAAUGACAGGGGUAUUUCAUACUCUUAAUUUUAAGAGAACAACCAAAUAGAUCAUACUUAAGAUUUUCUAGCUUACAAUGAUAACUCUGUAGUGCAUUACAAACCAUAUUGGUAUAUUGGUUUGUGAAUCUCGUUGAUCAGCGUGAAUAUUGAACUAGGGCGUGCAGAAGCACGUUGAGACAUAGCACGUCCAUGACGUGACGUACUUAAUAUUCAUGAGCCCAACAUCUCGCCCGCAGGCCGCAACUUCACCUCAGAACCCCUGCUUUGAUUCAGUUUCUCAGUUUCAGUUUUAUUUCAGCCAGAUCAUCCGAUUCUUCCUGAAGUAAGAAAGUCAUUUUCAUCUUAUUUACUGAGUCGAUCGCUGAGGAUUUAUAAAAACAAGCAUCAGUAUGAGGAGGUGCUGUGGUCUUGUGUCUCACAUAAAUGUGCCAGUUCCUCUGAAGAGCAUCUCAGUGCAGCUGCAGGUUCUGGAUCAUGUGGCCUCUGUCAGCUCCAGUCUGCAGUAUGUCAAUGAGGAGGAGCAUCCGCUGGAGGCCGUGUUCAUCUUCCCGCUGCCCAGGGAUGCCGCCGUCUGCCACUUCAGUGCCAAGAUCGGAGAGCAGGAGAUUGUGGCGGAGGUGCAAGACAAACAGAGCGCGCUGGAUCAGUAUGAUGAUGCUGUGAGUUCGGGCCAGCAGGCGUUUCUGUUGGAAGGGAGCGAUGAGAGUUCGGGUGUCUUCAAACUCAGUGUCGGCUGUUUGUCUCCGGGUCAGAAUGCCUCCAUCACCAUCAUCUAUGUGAUCGAGCUCAGCGUUCAGGCCAACCAUGCGCUGCACUUCUGUCUGCCAGCUGUACUCAACCCCAGAUACACACCCGCAGCUUCAGCUGCUGGUGUUCCAGAAAUUUCCUCAGCAUGUGUUAUUCCGUACACACUGUCUCUGACUGUCGAUGUGAGAUCGUCAGACCGCAUCUCCAGACUGGAGUCCAGCUGCCCUCUGGAUCCUCUGGUGUUCCUCAACUCUGACCACACUCACGCCACGGUGAAUCUGAGUGCUGGUCACCAGUUCGAUAAAGAUGUUGAGCUGCUUCUGUACUAUGAGAAUACCCAUCAGCCCACUGCUGUCGUGGAGGCUGGAGCAGCCACAGCUCAGCCAGGCUCUCUGAUGGGCGACCCGGUGCUCAUGAUCAGUUUGUACCCAGAGUUCCCUGCAGACCUGAUGGCAUCAUUGGAAUCUCAAGGUGAGUUUGUUUUUGUAGUGGACAGAUCACGCAGUAUGCGCUGCAAAAUGCAUCGUUGGAAAGGCGCACGGAUGCGCAUCAAAAGUGCAAGAGACACGCUGCUGCUGCUGCUGAAGAGUCUGCCCAUCGGAUGCUACUUCAACAUCUAUGGAUUCGGCUCUCACUUUGAGUCCUUCUUCCCUCAGAGUGUUGUGUACAGUGAGGACACAAUGGAGGAGGCUCUAAAGAGAGUGAAGAACAUGAAGGCAGACAUGGGCGGCACAGAGAUCCUACAACCUCUGAAACACAUCUAUAGUCAGCCCUGUUACCCUGAUCACCCCCGACAGCUGUUCAUCUUCACUGAUGGAAAGGUGCAUAACACUAAAGAGGUACUGGAUCUGGUGAAAAGUCACGCCUACUCUCACAGGUGUUUCUCCUUCGGGAUUAGCAAGAGUGCGAGUGCAGCUCUCAUCAAAGGAAUGGCCAGAAAAAGUUCUGGUCAUGCUCAGUUCAUCAGAGGCACUAAACGCAUGCAGCCCAAAGUGAUGCAGUCACUCAGGUUUGCUCUUCAGCCGGCUGUGGAUAGUAUCUCUGUGGACUGGACCAUUCCUGAAGGCGUUACGGUGGACAUGCUGUCCCCACCCAUCAGUUCCCUGUUUCAGGGUCAGAGGGCGCUCAUCUAUGCUCAGCUGAAAGGACAGAGUUCAGGAAAGACAGAAGGGGCAGUAACUCUGAAAUACAGGCUGAAAGAUCAACCAGUGACUAACCAGCUCCAGUUUACUCUUAAACCAACAGAAGACACAGGGUAAUACACACACACACACACACACUGUAGAUGCGUUUCAGAGGCUGUAUGAUUUAUAAGCCUGUAUCCUCAUG